AUGUCACUUUUUGCUUCGUUUUCGCAAUAUGCCCUAGGCGGCACCGGUGAUGUCUGCGGAUCCGGUAUCGGCUUAUUUGCUGGGAGUGCGUGCCCUCAACUCAACAAAUUGGACUCUCAGCUUUGGAGUGAGCCCAAGUACUGGAGCCCUUGGACCCAUCGCCCGUACUGCCAAGGAAGCUGGUGCGUGCAUACGAACGCCUUGGUGCCAUGUGGUCAAGGGAUCAGCAUCAUCACGCAUCGGUCAGGAGAGCAAGAAGCUGCCGCAGCCCUGGCAGCCCUGAGCCAUGACGGAGACGAGUCUGACUGCGCAAUGCAAGCAGCAGGCUUAGGUGUGACUUCUAAUGGAGAUAUUCGCCGUGAAAAAGUUCGCAUGUACGAGGUCAGAGACUCCAAGGGCAAGGGCAAGGGUGUUUUUGCGACAAGAAAGAUUCCACGAGGGUCAAUGAUCAUGGUGGACCAUCCCAUAAUGCUCAAGUUGGAGCCCGGGAUAAACGAAUAUGUCCUCUCCGAUAACCAGCGAAGCCGUCUAUUCGACCAAGCGGCAAUACAAUUAUCUGAUCCGAGCCAGGUGCUGGGCCUGGCUCAGCAUCAAGGAUUCGCGGGCUCGCAGGCGGAGAAUGCUGCCAACUAUAACAGUUUCCAGAUACCCUUCGGUAACGAGACUUACAGCGCAGUAUUUCCACGAGUAUCGCUGCCGAACCAAAUGGUCACCAAAGACCUUGUCACAGACAAUCUGGGCGGUGAAAGAUAUCUUGCCCGGGGAAGAGCUGUCGAUAAGCUAGCCAAAUUCGACGACCUGGCGCAAGAGUACCACCGACUCAAUCACCAUGACGCUGAAGGGUCGCGAGAGGCGCUGCGGAUACUCGAACAGGCGAUGAAGAUCAACGUGGUGGAGCCGAUGCUGACGAGUGAGACCCCGCUGUUGCUCCAAGCUGCGUGGACAGCAUACUAUGGUGGGCAUGUUGCAACCGCUAAGGAAUACGUGGAGAAGAUCGAGGAGGAUAUGAGAGCCCGGGGAUUCAAGGAUGAAGGAGACGAGGGGUCACUUGAGAAAAUCAAAGGUCUGUUGAGGUGA